AUGCCGGAAUGGGUGGGUUACGGGGAAACGGCGUGUCGGGCGUGUAUAGAACUUUGCGGCAUACGAUCGACAUUACCAUGUCGUCGGCACCACUUCCGCCCCUUAUCGACUCUUUUUUUUGGUCCUCUCGUCCUGAAUUUCCUUUUUGCUUCAAUACUUGGCAUUAAUUUUCAUUUUAUUUCUCAAUCUGUUCAAACUAGACUAUACGGGCUGUGA